CUUUUACGGUGAUCCUGCGGCACAAACGUGCUCUGAGUAGGGUUUUAGCUAUCGUUCCGGACCGUCCUCUAAACGUCGCCGCUCUGCCUCGUUAACAUGGCCGCCGCCGCCGCCCGGUCAGUCCUCCGCUCCUCCUCACUCCGCACCGCUGCUUCGAGGGUCGCCUCUGGGGCCAGAGCCUCCUCCCGCCCUCCCAUUCUCCGCGUCCGCCCCGCUGCCCCUCGCUUCCUCAGAUCUCCGGUAGAGAUGAGCUUCGCCGUGGAAUCACUGCUACCGAAACACAGCGCGACCGCAUCGGCGCUGAUGACUUCGAUGCUCACCGUUUCCCUUAAAGGCUACGGUUGGUUAUCUGAAGGACAAGAUGAAACUAGAUGAAGAUCAAGCCAGAAAGGUGAUUAACUUGGUUUUUCGCCUACCAUUUGGAAUUAUUAAUUGCUGGGCUCAUCAAUAGCUUAAGUGAGAGGAUAUCAUUUAAAGGAAGUGUGCGGAGAUGGAUUUCAUGUUAUGUUUAACAAAAUUUAGGUAGAACUUUCAUAAAUUGAAAUAGUCAUGCCAACCCAUUUUGUCAUGGAUUGCAUUUAAAAAUCUUUUGAUAAGCUUAUCUGUCUUGUUUCUUGUUUAUACUUUUGUUUUAAAGAGUAAUUAUACAGGUCGGUAAGAAUGAGAAAACCACGAAAAUUGAAGUGAUGUCGUCUAAGAUAAAACAAAACUAAUGGAGGAUGUUUGCUAUGGCUGCAGCAGGUGUUCUGAUGUUAAACAAUAGUUUACUAGAAAUUUGUUAGUACUAGAAAUCUCAAGGCUUUUCUAGAUAAAUUGUGCUUGCUAUAGAGGUCAAACUCUCAAAGGGUUCCACCUGAUCAUCAUCAUCUAACCACUCUUAAAAAAAGCAUGUCUCCUUUGUGAUUCUAACUUGAAAAAUAUUAUCAUUGAAGUUGUUAUCUUUGGUGUAAAUAAAGUUAUAUUCCAUGCCAAUUGCAAAUACUCCCUUCUUUUUGUUCCUCCUUUCAUCAAUCUCAUUCCUAUUCCUGUUCCUGCUCUGGCUUCUAAGACUAUGGGAAAUUUUUUAAGGUUAUUGCCAGUUUGAUGGAAUAUCUGAUAUGUUAGCACAAUAUAAGCUUCUUUGUUGUGGGAGAAUCAAUAUCAAUUGCCAAAGCUAUAUGAAAGCUCUAUGACAUUUCCUACGAAAAUGCAUGUAUCUGAUCAUAGUUCAAAAGGUGAUAGGAGCAUAGCUGCAUAAGUCUCAACCUUCAUAUCAAUCUUAACUUUUUCCCCCACUGUCUUUUAUUAAAAAUUUUAAAGGUUAUGGCUAGGUAGCCUUGACAGUUACUAGCCUUGUAAGCCUUAUUAUGUUGAAGGAAUGGACAGAAACGUAGAUUUAGAUCAUGUAUUGGCGUGGUUCAGUGAACUGUAUCAUACUUUGGACUGUCAUGAUUUGAAUGUAUUUUUUGUUCAGUUGAAUUAAAUCAAAUGACAUACUGAUGUUUUUGC